AUGAGCAGCUCGAACCCACUUCCAUGGCUGAGCCUGGUGGCCGUGAUCUGGCUCCAGGCCGUGAUCGGAACCAACACCAACUUCGCCGCCUACUCCUCCCAGCUCAAGCAGUACCUCUCCCUCUCCCAGCUCCAGCUCAACUCCCUCGCCUUCGCCUCCGACGCCGGCAAGCUCUUCGGCUGGGUCUCCGGCCUAGCCGCGGCUCACAUCCCGCUCUGGCUCGUCCUCGUCAUCGGCUCCACCCUCGGCUUCGUCAGCUACGGCUUGCAGUUCCUCUCCAUCACCACCACAUCCGAAACGUCGUCGUUUCUCCGCUCCUACCCGGUCAUGUUCCUCCUCAACACCGUGGCCGGGAACAGCAUCUGCUGGGUCAACACCGUCUGCUAUAUCGUCGUCACCCGCAACUUCCCACUUGACCAGCAGGUCGCUGUGGGUAUCACCACCAGCUACCAGGGUCUGACCAUGAAGAUCUACGCCGUGGUAGUCGACGAGCUCUUCGCCUCGUGGUCCUCCGCCGCCGACAGGUCGUACCUCCUCCUCGACGCCCUCUUCCCUCUCCUCGUCUCCGCGCUGUCGCUCGUCCUCAUGGCGAGCGACUUCUCCUCCUCUUCCCCGCCCUCGGCGGGGAAGGGGAGCGGAGGCGGCGGCGAGGUGGUACUGCAACGGUGUCGUCGCAACGGGUUCCUGAUGCUGUUCAUUAUCACGACGGUGACCGGAGUGUACGCGGUGAUGAGCAGCGUGAGCGCCAGGCUGUGGAGCCUGUUCAGGUACAGCGGGAUGGUGUUCACGUUCGGGCUCCUGCUGGCACCGCUCGCGGUGCCAGCGACGGUUUACUUGAAAGGUAAGUUCGUGGCUUGGUUUCUGUCGUCGGGUGGUUACGAGGUGGAUCUGGAGGAGGUGAAGAUGAACGGCGGCGGAGAGAGUGGUUGUGUUGUGUCGUCGUCGUCGGCGAAGGUGGAGGGGAAAGGAGUGGAGGAUGAAGGAGUUGAAGUAGGGCCGUUGUUGCUUGUGAAGGAGGAGGUUGGGGUGAAGGAGAUGGUGCAGAGGACGGAGUUCUGGUUGUACGUUUUCGUGUAUUUCUUGGGGCCGACGAUUGGGAUUGUUUAUCUUAAUAACUUGGGGCAGAUCGCCGAGUCGAGGAGGUGUUAUCAGACGGCUAGCUUGGUUUCGUUGUCGUCGUCGUUCACGUUCUUCGGCCGCCUGCUUCCUUCUUUGCUCGACUACUUCUUCUCCAGGAGCAAGUACCUGCCGCCGCGGCCAGCCCUGCUCCUCCUCCUCACGGCGCCGAUCACCGCCGCCCUCUUCCUCCUCCUCAACUCAUCCCACGCCGCGCUCUACACCAGCACGGCGGUGAUCGGGAUCUGCACGGGGGCCAUCACCUCCAUCGCCGUCUCCAUCACGUCGGAGCUCUUCGGGUCCCGGAACUUCGCCGUCAACCACAACGUCGUCGUCGCCAACAUCCCCGUGGGAUCCUUCUGCUUCGGCUACCUGGCGGCGCAGGUCUACGAGAGCGAGACCCUCGCCGGCGAGUCGAAGUGCAUGGGGAUGAGCUGCUACCGCCGCACUUUCCUCGUGUGGGGCCAGCUGUCGUGCUUCGGCGUCGUGCUGGCGUUCCUGCUGUAUAAUCGGACCAGGGUGUUCUACGGCAAGAGGUUGAAGGCGCUCAACAGUUUUUUGAACCAUUGA